ACAACAACCACGAAGAAGUGCUGCACUUCAGGGAAAUAUUAAAGUAGUGCACAAUCAACGGCUUCGUAGGAAUCGACGUGUUGCUGAACAGCCGUACCAGACCGGUGAAAAUCGAGGCAACGCAGACAAUGGACUGCCUCGUCAAGCGUCUAGACCACAUCCACAUCGCAAAGUCGACCAACAGGAAAGAAGAGCAAGCCAUAGCCAUUUAGAUGUCACGUCAAAUGCCCCCCCUCCCGAGCUGUUGUAUCAAGAUGGAGGAAAUGAUGGGCCGAAUUUCGAAAUCAACACCAGUCUAUCUGCCAUGCUUCCGUGGACCCGCAGAGCUGCGAGUCCGCUGACUCAGAGAGGCGCGCGAAU